UGUGUGUGUGUGUGUGCAUGUGUGAGGGUGUGUGAGGGUGUGUGUGUGUGUGACCUGGAGCCUGGUCAGACCUUGUUGGCCAAGUGGGGGUGUGUGUCCUGAUCCCCAGAAAGUAAGGGGAGCAUUGUCCCCAUCCCUGGAAAUGGGGGGCCUCUUGGUGUGGGGUAGGACCAUGAUGUUCUGGGGUCUGUAGGGUUCGCAGAGGACAGGUAGUUGGAGAUCUUUAAAAGCCCUUGGGGCUCUCCUGAGGAAGUUGGGGCAGGGGUAGGGGACACAGCCAGACACGGAGGGGACACAGCGAGGGAAGCGUCCCCAGCCAGACUGUCCUCCCGGGGGUCCCUGCACCAGCACACCCGUGGCCACUACCCACCGCAGGGCGCCGUCUGCACUUAGCACCUGCAGCUCCCGGGGCCCUCCCUUCAACCUGAUGGGCUGCAGGUUUAGAACAGAAAACAUUUCUGACCUGCUCCCUUCCAGUCCAGCCCGACGAGGCCGCCGGUGCAAGCUAUGUUCAGGGUCUACCCCCCCACACACAUUUGGGGGCAUAUUCAGCUUCCGGGUAGGAAUUCCUGGACCAGAGGGCAGGGACAUGUAGGAACCCCCAGGUGACCACCCCUGCGCGGGCCGCACACAGUCUCCUGGGGGCCCCCACCCCCUGUGGUUGUGCGCUGCCGCCGGCAGAGACCGGCGGGCUCCCCUGACUUAGAAAACGAUCCUUCUACUGAGAGCAGCUCUGGGUUCCCAUCCAGCCUGAGGGGCAGCCGCCGAGAUUUCCCGCGUGCCCCUGCCCCCGUCCCCCUGCCGCCUGGCCCUUUGUUCCAGCGGCCGCGGGGCUCCGACGGGCUCCAGGGCCCGGGUCUACUGAGGGUCCCACACGGCUGUGCCUUCUGCGGUUUGGACAAAGCUCCAGCCACACGUCACCGCUGCGGUCACACGGAGCCGUCGCUGCGACCCCCGGUGCUCCGCCCGCCCGUUGAAUCGGGGGUUGCGGGGGGUCACGGGGGGUCGGAUGCGAACCGUUUCUCCCCGCUCCCGGCAUCUGGGCCUGGGGGCGGGGUCUGGGCGUGCCCAGAUGGGGGCGGGGCGGGCCCCAUCCCCUAAAGUCUCCCGGCUCCGUCUCGCCAUGGGUGCCAUGGAGGCGAGGGGCGCGCGCGCGGCCCUGUGCGGCGUCACGCUGCUCUGCGCCCUGGGCCUGGGCCAGCGCCCCGCCGGGGGUCUGAGCUGCGGCCCCGAGCGCCUACUGCGUGGAACCGGGACGGACGCGCGCUGCUGUCGCCGGUGCGCCCAGGCGGAGCCCUGCUCUGAGGCGGACUGCACGUGUGUGGAGCCCGGGUUCCACUGCGGGGACCCCCAGUGCACCAGCUGCAAGCAUCACGCCUGCCCGCCGGGCCAGGAGGUGCGGCCCCAUGGGAACUUCGAUUUCGGCUUUGAGUGUGUCGAUUGUGCCACAGGGACCUUCUCUGGAGGCCAGGAGGGUCGCUGCAGACCCUGGUCAGACUGUUCCCAGUUUGGGCACCCCCCCGUGUUUCCCGGGAACAAGACACACAAUGCCGUGUGUAGCCUGGGGCUGCCGCCCGCCGAGACGCACCACACGCUGGCCAUCGCCCUCCUCUCCGUGACCGCCUGCGUCCUGGUCCUGAGUGCGGCCCAGCUGGGCUUGCACGUCUGGCAGCUGAGACGGCAGCGCGUGUGGCCCCCAGAGACCCAGCUGCUCCUGGAGGCACCGCCGCCCGCCGAGGACGCCUGCAGCUGCCAGCUCCCUGAGGAGGAGCGGGGGGAGCCGCUGCCCGAGGACAAGGGCCUGAGGCACCUGUGGGUGUGAGGCUGGCUGUCCUCCGAAGGCCGACCCGGAGUCGGACCCUCCUAGGACACGUCCCAGGGCUGGCCCGUGGGAACAAGGGCUCUGCACUCCACUGUGGGGCCCCAGCUCUGGGCCCGGCCCUGCUCCCCUCGAUGGUGGAAGUGGGUGGGGGGUGGUGUCAGUGACCAGUCCCCCAGACCAUGCAGAAGAGGCAGCAGCUGUGGCCAGACCCCAUGGGGCGUACAGCCGCAGCCGUGGCUGCUUCCCUCCCUUGCUGGCCCUGUUGGGGUUGUGAUGUCUGUGGGCCCCUGGCUUCCAGGACAGGAGGCUGGGCCCGGUGCAGGACUGGGCUGCAGGCAGUGCUCAAUAAACACUUGUCCAGCGACUUGAGUGGCCGUGUUCUGGGGUGGGCAGCGCAGGGAGACAAGGCCCCUACCAGUACCCCCCCCCACCCCGGCCGGCUCCUUCCAGCCGAGGCGGGGCCGGGGGUGGGGCAGAAGUCAGGGCCAUUCUAGUCCGGGCCCAAGCGCUCAGCAGGGACCCUGGAAGGCUUCCUGGAGGAAGGCAACAUGAUGGACACGUGUCCUGUGUGCCUUUUUGCUGCCCUGUCCAAACCCCCCUCCCUGGCAGUCUGCCUGGCGUCUGGGACAGUUGGAUUCUGUGCUCUGUGCUGGUCACACAGUCUGCUGGCUCCUGGGAGGGGUCUGUCCCUGUGUCAUUCUGGCCCCAAGUCCAGGACGAGGCCAGUUUCUCCAGGCAAGUCUUCCUGGUCAGGAGGGCAGCCUCUGCGGUCCCUGCCUUUGGCCCCCACCCUCUAGGCCAGACCUGCUGCUCGCCCCCACCACCUCCCGAGUCGCUCUAGGCUCCUGCCCAUCGCAGCUGAGCCGUGUCCUCCAGCCUCCGCGCGGACCUGGCACCUGCAGCUUGAUAAGGGCUUCUUGGCACUGCUGUCCAGGGUGUGGAAGGCCGGUGGGGGCUGGUCUUGACAGCAGGCCUGUCAGGCACCAGCACGUGCCCACGGUCCCAGAGCUGCAGCGCCCCCACACCCCCCUUCCUGCCUGCCUGCCUGCCUCCCAGGAGGGCCCCCUGACUCACUGGCCCUCAGCCCCACUCAGUCCCGGUGGGCCGCAAGGAGGCGGUGGAGAGAGCUGCGUGUCUUAUGCCCAGGCUCGCGACCCCCACCCCUCCCCACCUCGGCACAGUGUGGCCUCUCCACCCCUGGAAGGAGGGGUGCUGACGGUGCCUUCCUGAAUUCACUCACAUGGGAAACCUUCUCUCCGCGCCCGCUGGCUCCCAGGCUCCCGGCACGCCCACAGAGCCCACGUUCCAGGUGAGGGUCCGGGCGAAUUAGCUAAUAAAUGAGAAAGCGCAGGUCGACUGGCCGGGUGUCAGGGGACCGUGGGAGACACCAUGCUGUGUUCCGGGGGCCCCAGCAGACUGCUCUGGGACCUGCUGGUCACGCCCCUGGCCCCUCUUCUGUCUCCAGGCUAGGUCUCCGCCUGCCAACCCCUGUCCCCCCUGCUUUAGGGGGCCAGCUCUCCUCUGGGCUUCUCUUGUCACCUGGGUCACUUGAUGGUCCCACCCCCACCGGUGGGGCACAUGGAUCCUCAGGGCUUCCUGGACCCUCCACAGGGGCUCCCCAGUCCUAGCUCAGCGGUCCCGGUGGUGGUGGGGGCUGGGGGUGGGGGCUGGUGUGGGGAGAGUCGGGUCGUCUGCAGUCACAGAUCUUCCUCAGACGACACUCCGGCCUGUACACACCCAGGUCCUGCGAGACCUAUCUGCCGGCUGACUCAGCGUGGAAACUCCCCAUGGGGGGGUCCCGUGUGGGACGACAGCACCCCACCGUCAGCACGGGGGCGGCACCAGGCAGGCUGGGAGAUUCCAAGGCCCAGGUGGAGAACGGGGCCGAGGCUGGACGCGGCCAGCGGCCAGA